GUCAGUAAGCAAGUGUGUGGAAGCAAGCGAGAAGCUCUGUGCUAAUUCUCUUGAAAGGAGGAUCUACUUUUCACACAAACGAGUUAAAUCCAUUUUUUUUUCACGCGUGCAUUACAAGCACCAUUUGAACUGUAACCUGGAAGCGCGAAACGUCUGAUUCUGCGCACUGACGACCGGUUUUUUGACAUUUUAAGUCGUAAUACUCACCCAACAUACUAAACAAGGAAAAAAAAAACAAUCAUUAAUUACAAACCUGUGUUAUUGAUUACGGAACACCGCAUCGCAUCUCAACAGAUAAGAUCAAGUGACGGUUUUGUUAUCAGCUUAUCUCCGCGAUGCGCCUCUUCGGCUGGGACACGUGGAGGGGGUCAUUCCGUGGGCAGCCCUCGCCCUGUGACCUGGACUCCAGCUCUGACCUCGAAGAAGAAGACAUGAACCUCACACCUGAGCGACAACAGAUCCUCAGCCAGUUCCGGGAGAGGGUGUCCAGCCUGCUCCCGCCAGGUCAGCAACAUGAUCAUGACCUGUUGCAAUGGCUCGUGGCGAGGAACUUCAACCUGGACAAGGCUGAGAGUAUGCUGAAGAAUAGUCUGCUGUGGAGGAAGGAGUGGGAAGCCGACACCGUGUUGGAGUGGGAGCCGCCGGAGGUGUUGGAGAAGUAUUACCCGGUGGGACAAGCCGGCCAUGACAAGGAAGGGCGGCCUGUCUGGAUCAUCCCUUACGGCGGGUGCGACAUGCGGGGCCUUCUCUCCAGCGUCCGCAAGAAGGACUACGUACGCUACACCAUCCGCGUCCUGGAAGCUUCGAGAAAGGACAUGGAGAAACAGACGCAGGUCCUGGGUCAUCCCGUCACGCAGCAGUGUUGCAUCUUUGACCUGGAGAAUUUCUCGCUGCGCCACGUGACCUGGAAACCGGCAAUGGACGUCAUCCUGCAGCUGGUGCAACUUUACGAGGCGAACUACCCAGAGCUCCUCAAGUGUGCCUAUGUCAUUAAUGCCCCAAAGGUCUUCACACUUGCAUAUGCAGUGAUCAAGCCCUUCCUUCACGAGGUCACUCUUAAGAAAAUACGCAUCUUCGGCUACAGUGGCUGGAAAGAGGAGCUCCUGAAAGACAUUGAGGCUGACCAGCUUCCUCAACACUGGGGCGGAAGUCGAGUCGAUCCUGAUGGAGACCCAAAGUGCCCUUCUGUGAUCUGUCUUGGUGGUGAAGUACCUACAAAAUACUAUCUGAGUCUCAGCAAGAGCAAUCUCUCUAAGCUGGAUGAUGAUGAGAACCUGUGCAGCAUCACGUUAAGCAAAGGAGGCAAAAAGCGACUGAAGUAUGAAGUUAAGAAGCCUGGAUCACGGUUGAAGUGGGAGUUUAGAACUGAAGACUUCGACAUAGGCUUUGGAGUGUCUCGCAAGAUUAAGAAAGGAGAAGAGGAGGUAAUUGUGCCACUACAGAGAGUCAACUCACAACUUGUGACAGAGGAAGGCUUUCUUGUGUGUAUGGAACCUGGAACUUAUGUCGUGACCUUUGACAAUGAGUUCAGCUAUGUUAGAUCAAAGAAGGUGCUUUACAGAAUCAAUGUGGAAGCCUCAUCCUGAAGUGUCAGCUAGCUUCCUCAAAGAGAAGAGGUGGUCCUCUUUACAGGGCAACUUCUUCGGGAAGUCAGUGUAUCUAAUGCAUUUACUUUUUUUUAUUCCUUCCCCCCAAAGAAAACAAUGGAAUCCUUAUUUGAUAAGGAAAAUAUUGCACAGAGGAAUUAGAGUGUCAUUCACACAAUAUAUUAAUGGUAAGAUAAUGCAAAAUAAUUUUUUCUAACCAAAUACUGUUCCAGUUUUGUAUCCCAGAUGAUAUUUUAUUGAUAACUAGAGCCUUUCAAAGGUGUUUGAUCUUGUAUAUGGUAAAAAUAAUGGGAUACUCUCCAAUUUGUUUUUGUGGGCAAAUAGAGUAGACUUUUGUAUGUCAUUUAUAGUGUGGAAAUAUGAUAACUUUGAUUAGAUAAGAAAGUAUAGAGAUUUUCAGAUGUGCAUCCAAAGACAUGUUCAUAGAAACUUGAACGCUUACUUCCUUUAUGAAUGCAUAAGAAUAUAAAAAGAAAUUGCCACAUUUGUAACUAUGACAACCCAGUUACUGGUUUUCAGGCCUUUAAUUGUAAACUGCUUAAAAUACCUGUUAAUUCUCGCUUAGAUCAAAGGAUCAAUGAUACCUCUUCGAAUGACUGUAAUGUGUUUUUUUUAUAUAAACUUGUACAUCUGUUUUAACUGUAUCUGUAUCUCUGUCUAUCUGUUCAUCUAUCGCACACACACACAAUUAAAUGCACUCACUCACGCAACACGCACUCAUGCAACACGCACACACACACACACAGACACACACACACAGACACACACAGAGACACAUUAAGACACACGGAGACAUAUGCGCACGCAAACAUGCACAUAUGCACACACACACACACACACACACACACACACACACACACACACACACACACACACACACACACACACACACACACACACACACACACACACACACACACACACACACACACACAUGUACACGCACAUGCACACGCACUCAUACACACACAUACACACACACACGAGUACAUAUAGGUUAUAUAUGCUUUACUUGUUCAUAAUCAAAUCCUUAGAUAUAUAUGACUCUGUAAAAAUAUUUGUUUUUGAAAUAAUGUUGAUUUUUUCUUUGUUUAGUUAAAUUUAUCAUAUCUGUUAACAAUGAAGAUAUCAAAAAUGUAAGAAAAGAAAAGCAAAAGAUCACUGUCACUGAUACUCGAAUUUCCAUCCCAGAUGAAAGAGUAUUAGUCGUGUGAUCAUUUCAGAUAAUCAAACUAGGCGAUAGUUUCUGAUUCAUUUAACUAUUUAACUUUGUUGUGUUUCAUUUGCAUCACUUGUUAGCUUUUGAUGCUGUGUGUCUUGUUUAGCUUUGCUUACUCAUUUUUUUUUUCUGUUGUAUAUUUUGCAAGGACAUGAGUUUGCAUCAGAGUGAUUUCUCUUCUCUUGUUGUUUUUUCUCUUUCUGAAGAAUGUAUGUUUAUUCUAGGAACUUGUAACAUAUUGUGACAUAUUAUAUGACAAUAUGUCACAUGGUUUUAGA